AUGGUAGACGUCAAACCGGCUUUGCUACACUUGAUUAAAGACUGCUGGGCAGAACAUGCCUCCGAAAGACCGCCUAUUGCCCAUGUUAAGCAACUGUUGAAAUCAAUGCAUUCUGACAAAAAUGAGAAUCUCAUGGACUACGCCUUCAAUAUAUUGGAGAAAUAUGCGUCCAGCCUGGAAGAAGAAGUCGAGCUACGAAUGAAGGAGCUAUGGAGGAGAAAAAGAAGAGCGACAUCUUACUCUAUAGAAUGCUCCCAAAGUAAUAUUGCUGUUAUUGUCUCCCAGUUGAUAAGCUAUACAGUAGAACCAUGGGCAGCUUCAGUAUUCCUAAAUCUUGAGCAUUUCAGGCAAGUGGCUGAUCAGCUCAAGCUCGGACAGUCUGUUGAGCCCGAAGUUUAUGAGUCAGCAACAGUCUUCUUUUCGGAUGUCGUCUCGUUCACCGUCAUCGCAGCCAAAGGCUCACCGUUGCAGGUUGUGAACCUUCUCAAUUCCGUUUACACAUUAUUCGACGGUAUAAUAGACGAACACGAUGUUUAUAAGGUUGAAACGAUCGGCGACGCGUACUUAUGUGUCAGUGGCGUGCCACGUCGGAAUGGCCACGACCACAUCAAGGAAAUUUGCAGUAUGUCAUUGGGUUUUAUGCACUCCCUCAUCGGCUUCCACAUACCUCAUCUACCAGACGAGCAGCUGAGACUAAGGAUUGGAAUUCACACAGGUUCUGUGGUUGCCGGUGUAGUGGGUCUCUCAAUGCCUCGAUACUGCUUGUUUGGAGACACUGUGAAUACCGCCAGUCGAAUGGAAAGCAACGGAAAACGUGAGCGUUACAAUCUCCAACUUUCAAUUUCAUACCUUUCCCAUUUCACAGCGAGAAAUUUCUCAAUGCGCGGAAUCUUUUCGCUCUCAGGUCAGUGCCUUUGA